CACAAACAAAGUAAUUCUUCAACGACGAACUUGACGAUGACGACGCUGAGCAGAUCGCCAUCGUCUGGUUCCUUUCAACACGAGAAUCAGCGGCUGAGCCUGCUGUCUGCGAAGAGUGCUACACCAUCGUCUGAAGCCGCGUCCUACAGGACAGCUCCGAUAUCACACUCGUCCUCAACAUCGUCGCUGUCAACGGUUAACAACGCUCCUGUCAACCCUAUGCACACUCUGGCUCAGCAGAGGGGAGAGAUUCAUAUACUCAAGGUCACUGGAGAUACAGUACAAGUAGGAACUGGUCCAAUGCCAGAGUCUCUUAUACACAAGAUGUCGAAACACAUAACCACUGCCCUCCCCUCCGUAACUCAAGAUUACAGUCCUCAUGGUCCUCCCCCGCCGUCACCACCAGCAACUGAAGAAUACGAUGACGAAGAAGACCGCGAAGUCGAUGCCGACCAGCUUGAACAUUCCGUAGCUGCGUUACACGAUAACACCAAAAAUGUUUCUUCGUCUUCCUCCAAGCCCUUGCCUUCAGACUCACCGACACCACCUUCAGUAAUGUUUGAGGGGCUAGAUUCCAUAUCGCGAAUACGAACGUCGUCGGCAUCUACCCAACGACAAGUCCCCGUUCGCUCCUCCACACUGACAACAACAAAUGAACCUCGUUCCUCUGUUGACACAAAAUCGUCUUUACGAACGGUAACGGCUUCGGAAUCUCUUCCUCAGACAUCCUCCAAACCUCCGGCAUUACAACCAUCCCAAACAGACUACCUGCAACCUCCGCCUCCUACUGCACAUCGUCCAACGCGACGUAACACAACUGGCUCUGCUUUCGUUUCCCUUCCAUCCCAUUCGUCUGCUGCUGGAGCUCGAACGUCACUCCUUUCCUCUUCACAUACACAGUAUGGGUCUACACCCGGUCAUACCAAUCUCUUUCCUUCCGACGACCCCAGCGAUAUGACCAAUGACAUACAACUACAUGCGGAGAGAAUUCGUCGGGAGCGCCAAGAGAAGCGGGCCAAGGCUGAGGCAGCUUUGACUCGUGAGAUGAGCGCCAUCGUGCACAAAGACGACGAGGUACCUCUAGUCGGAAAUCUCAUUGGGGAAGACCACGCCAACUACGUGCUCAUGUAUAACAUGUUGACCGGAAUCCGGAUUGGUGUAUCGAGGUGUCAGGCGAAGAUCAAACGUCCUUUAACGGACGAGGACUUCACCGCUCGACACAAGUACUCGUUUGAUAUUGUCGGCAACGAGUUAACACCCAGUGCAAAAUACGAUUUCAAAUUCAAAGAUUACGCGCCAUGGGUAUUCCGGAGCUUGAGGGAGGAUUAUUUCUAUCUGGAUCCCGCGGAUUAUCUGUUGUCUCUGACGAGCAAGUACAUCCUCAGUGAGCUGGGUUCGCCUGGAAAGUCUGGCAGUUUCUUCUACUUCAGCAGAGAUUAUCGAUUCAUCAUCAAGACCAUCCAUCACAAAGAGCACAAGUUCCUGUUACGAGUUUUGAAGAGGUACUACGAUCAUGUGAAAUCCAAUCCUCAUACACUGCUCAGUCGGUUCUACGGCCUCCAUCGUGUUAAACUUCCACGCGGUCGAAAAAUACAUUUCGUGAUCAUGAACAAUCUGUUUCCUCCCCACAAAGACAUACACGAGACGUACGAUCUCAAGGGAAGUACAGUUGGAAGGGAGUGGGUUGACAAACACAAGGAUGAACCGCCCCUCUCUCCAUCAGAAUCACAUUCGUCCUCGUCCUCAAAAAAGAAAAAACAGUCACCGGUAAAGAAGGAUUUGAACUGGAUCAAAGAAGGUAGUCGGCUAGAACUAGGACCGGAGAAGAGAGCACUGUUAACUGAACAACUGAGACGUGAUAAAGAAUUAUUAAAGAGUAUCCACGUGAUGGACUAUAGUUUGUUAGUCGGAAUACAUAACAUGAAACGGGGCAAUCGAGACAACGUUAGGAAAAAAACAUUAAAAGUGUUUGACCCUGACAUCAGGCGACAUGCGACCACCUCUGUGCACAACCUUUCCAAGACAAAAUCAAUGUCUUAUUACGGCCAGGAUGCCGUGGCUUUGCGACGUGCUAUGCGGGAAAGUGACCCAAAACCGUUUGAGGAGCCGUCUUUAUCAAACGGGCAUAUCGUUGGAGCGGGUCCUCGUGUCCACAUACGUGUGGAUUCCACUGGCAGCACACGGCCUGCUCGCAUUAACAGCACGAUCGGCAAAGGCAAGGAGAGGGAAAAAGAUGAGAAAGAUGGACUCCGGGAGCCUGAUAAGGAGCAUACGAUUACGGGAAAAGGUGCUCAUACCGAUGAGAAAGAGGAUUCUGUGCUGGGACUGGAUGCCACGGGCGCACAAACGAUGGACAAAGCGCACUUCGUGUUUUAUCAGGAUGAAGGUGGUCUCCAUGCAACAGAUGAAGCGAAUGACAACAUGAAUAUUAUCUACUACCUCGGCGUCAUUGACAUCCUUACCCCCUACAACGGCCUGAAGAAAAUCGAACAUUUCUGGAAAGGUCUCAGUGCCGACAGGCACAAAAUCAGUCCUGUUCCACCGGUCGAAUAUGCAGACAGAUUCUUUAGAUUCAUGAAGGCAAUCAUGAGAAAUGGUGCUGGCGGCGAGUCCUUUAUAUGAUCGUGCCUCAAAUCGGAGUAUUCUUUGGAGGAGUUAUGUAUUCUGUUGCCAUGAAUGACUCCCAUGGCCUCACCAGCCCUGCUCGAGCACUCUGUCCGUUCGCUGGUGAUCACCUGAACUUAGGCUCUCUCAAAACUGCCUUUGAUUACUCUUUCCCGGAAAAGCUCAUUCCCUCUCACUAACUUAACAUUUUUCUCGCCAUAGUGUUUUAACCUUUAUUUAUUUAUUUAUGUAGUAGCAUCCCUCCCCUGUGUUUUUAACGUUCCGAUGAUCUGACAACGGACUUGCUCCUACACUAAACAAUAGUCUGCCAUGCUUUCCUCUUAUUCAUCUGCGCGCGAUUGUGAUUGACGUGACGCCCGCCAACCUCCCGAACAUGCACCUUUUUGCCCACCUUUUCGCUCGAUUCUGCAUCAAUUUUUUUUACUUCUGCAUUCGGACUUUCGAACGCCCACUAUCGUUUACUACUCUCUUCACUACUCGGACACUUGGAGGUCAAUUAAUACUCACUACAGUCUUUCGUUAACGCCGACGCUCACCAUAUAUUUCCAUCGUAUACAUCUU